AUGUACUUGAGGAAAAUCACUCAGUUCACGACAUCAUCUUCUGCUAAAUUAUUAUUCACUUCUUCUUCUACGACCAGUGCGCUGCUCUUGAACAACAACAUUUAUAAGACGAAAAUGAUGUCCACGAUGACGACGACGCAGACGAAUUUCUCCUCUCGACGAGGAGCGAUUUUUUCGUUGAAACAACAACAACAACACAAAAAAAGAUCGUUCAGUUUAACGACGCGCGCAAUGGGUGCUAAAGUUGGAGAUCAAAUCAGUGGCGUAUUGCAAGUCGGUCCUUGGAUCGAUGGCAUGCCAACACCAGUCAACAUGGCUGAACGAUGCAAAGGCAAAAAGGUCAUCUUGGUCGGCCUUCCAGUUCCGGGUUAUAUUGCCGGACAAGAUAAAUUGAAGGGCGCUGGGAUCGAUGAGGUGAUCAUUUUCUGUACCAACGACACGCAAGUCAUGGAUGCGUGGGGAGAGGCACAAGGUAUUGCGGGCACGAACAUUACGUUCAUGGGUGACCCGAACUCCGUUAUGGUUGAAAACUUGGGCGUCGAAUUGACGCACCCAGGACCGUGCUCCAAGCUUGGUCCGGGGAGAUCCAAGCGUUUCGCCAUGUACAUCGACGACGGAGUCAUCAAGACGUUCAACGUCGCGGAAAGUCCGACUGAUCCAGCCGGGGACGAUUUCCCGGAAGUCGCCUGCAUCGACAACAUGGUUGACACCAUGUGCUAA